CUCCUUCUUUAAAAAACCCAGGACGCUUAUUUAUUCUCGGGCCUAGUUUGUCCCUCGAAUUCUUUAAUCACAGCUCAGCCUCACCCUGUGUGCAGAAUGUGACCCCUUCCUCCCCCUCCCUCCCGGUAUCUGAGUGUCUGAGACUUUCACUGUCAUUUCUCUCUCCUGCUUCCAGCGAUGGCGUCUGCUGAUGUGAGACAGGAGCUGGACUGUUCCAUCUGCCUGAGCAUUUAUACAGAUCCUGUAACCCUGAGAUGUGGCCACAACUUCUGCCGGGUCUGUAUUCAUCGUGUGCUGGAUACACAGGAGGGGGCUGGAGCUUAUAUCUGUCCUGAAUGCAGAGCAGUGUGUCAGGAGCGUCCUGCACUGCAGAGGAACAUAACGCUGUGUAACAUAGUGGGGAGUUUCCUGUCUACUCGGCCAGAUCAGGAGAAGACUGUGAUCCUCUGCACUUACUGUGUGGACUCUCCUGUACCUGCUGCUAAAUCCUGUCUGCUGUGUGAGGCUUCUCUGUGUGAUAAACACCUGAGAGUACACAGCAAGUCAGCAGAGCACGUCUUAUGUGAUCCCACCACUGCCCUGGAGAACAGGAAAUGCUCUGUACAUAAGGAACUCUUCAGAUAUUACUGCACUGAGGACUCUGCUUGUAUCUGUGUGUCCUGCAGUUUGGCUGGGAAACAUUGGGGACAUAAUGUGGAGAUGCUGGAUGAGGCCUCUGAGAAGAAGAAGGAGAAGCUGAGAGAUGUUCUGCAGAAACUGACCACAGAGAGAGCAGAGACUGAGAAAAGAGUCCAGAGUCUGCAGGAGCGCAGGAGAGAAGAUCAGGGAAAAGCAGCUGAUGUAACAGAGACAGUCACUGCCCUGUUUAGAGACAUCAGGAGACAGCUGGAAGACCUGGAGAAGAGAGUCCUGAGUGAGAUCUCCAGGCAGGAACAGCGCGUUUCACUCUCAGUCUCUGAUCUGAUCCAGCAGCUGGAAAUAAAGAAGGACGAGGUGUCCGGGAAGAUGCGUCACAUUGAGGAGCUGUGUAACAUGUCUGACCCAGUGACUGUCUUACAGGAACCAGACACAGGGGACUUGUGUGAUACUGAGGACACAGAGACACAUGAUACCCAGAGAAAAAAUAUGAGAGAUCUGGAUGUGGGUCUCAUCUCAGAGACAUUACACACAUUAUCUGAUAUAAUAACAGGUAUAAAUACAGGGAUCUAUGUGCAGGAGGCUACAGACCUAUUACUGGAUGUGACCACAGCUGGUAAUAAUGUACAUAUAUCAGGUGACAGGAAAACUGCAUCCUGGUCAGAUAUAAACCAGAAUCACCCAGUAACACCAGAGAGAUUUCAGUGGCCUCAGGUAAUAAGCACCAGGGUAUUCUCCUCAGGGCGACAUUACUGGGAGGUGGAUGUCAGUAAAUCAUUGUGGUGGAUGGUGGGGAUGUGUUAUCCCAGUAUAGACAGGAGAGGAGAUCAGUCAGACAUUGGACAUAAUAACAAGUCCUGGUGUGCGUUUAGGUGUGAUAAUCGGUACACAGUGAGACAUAACAGUACAUUGAUCCAUUUACCUGACAAUAUCCCCUGUGACAGAGUGAGGGUAUAUCUGGAUUAUGAGGCAGGACAGCUGUCCUUUUAUUCUCUGUGUGACCCCAUCAGACACUUACACACCUACACUGCCGCCCUCACUGAGCCCCUCCAUGCUGCAUUAUGGGUAAUGGAUGGGUAUAUAACUAUAUGUGGAGUAGUCAGGAGCUGGGAGAAAUUACCAUAAGAAAUCUGCAGAGACUGGUGACAUCACAGGGAGGGGUAUGUGAUUGGGGGAACAUUCAGCAAAUAGAAUGAAGCAGUGGGUGGAGCUACAGCUGAGCCCCUCCCCCUGUGUAACCAGGUGACCAGUGUGUGGAUGUGUUCCCAUGUAGGUGUGUUAUGCUGGGUACACACUGACAGACAUAUUACCCACCCAGCUGUGAUGUCAUCACCGACAUAUCUAACGGCCAAUUGGUCAGUAUAGAACAUAGAAUGUGUCGGCAGAUAAGAACCACUUGGUCCAUCUUGUCUGCCCAUUUUUUUAAAUUCUUUAGGCAAUCUCAAACCCUUUUGAACAUUAUUUCUGUGUAAGGAUCUCCUUAUGUCUAUCCCAGGCAUGUUUACAUUGCUCUACUGUCAUAGAGGCCUAUUUAUUAACAUUAUUUUUACAAAAAAUACCCCGAUGAUGCUGCAGAGUGUCUUAGCAGGGACAGAGCUUGACCGCAAGCUGAGUCCCUGCAUGCGAUAUUUGAUACAUCAAUUAUCGCAGUGCGAGUUUGGCCAAUAUUAUCACAUGACAUCCACCUCCAAGGAUGCAGGUGGUGAUAAAUAGGCCCCUUACCCUCUACCACUUCUGAUGGGAGGCUAUUCCACUUGUACACAGAGGCGGAUUGGCCAUAGCACCCACGGAAGAUCCCCGGUGGGCCGACGCACCCGCGGGGCCUGUUUUGUUUGAGGACAUGUGGUCCUUUUUAUAGACAUAAUGAAUACGAUGUAAAAUAAUUUGCGUAUAUGAAAAUGACUUUGCUACUUAGCCUGUGAUUGCAGAUGAUCUAGUGUAUGCUCUGUCUGCCUGCUUGGCUGACAUAUAAGAUUGAGUGAAUAGUGAUUGGGAUACGGUUGGUGUAAUAAGCAAGAAAAUAUAUCUUUCUAAAGAAUGAUAUAGUUUCCUAAAUUCUGAAGGUGUAUCAUAUAAUGUGCUCAUAAUAUUUAAUUUUAUUUCCCUUUUACUUCCCCCUUGGUGCUGGACAUGCCCACUAUCUGGAAAGUCUUGGGGGGAGGGUGCUGCUGCCAUGGCCCAUGGCUAGACCAUACACCUCUGGUGCUGCCCAUGUGGGGCCACUAGUACAAAUUUUCCAGGGCCGCUUUUUGUUCCCAAUCCGCCCCUGCUUGUACACUACCCUUUCUGUGAAGUAAUUUUUCCUUAUAUUUCCCCUGAACCCCCCUCCAGUCUCAGUGCAUGUCCUCGUGUUCUAUUACUUCUCUUCUCUUCCUCUGAAGAAUGUCUCCCUCCUGUACCUUGGUAUAUGUGAAAGUUUCUAUCACGUCCCCCUUUCCCUUCUCUGCUCCAAACUAUACAUGUUAAGAUAUACUGUAGCUGACCUAAUCAGUUGCUCUGUCGGUGUGAUGGUGUGUCGGCAGACGUGUCGCUGAGGUGUGUACCCAGCCUUAGAAACUUGCUCCUAUUGGCUGUGAAAUAUAUUGGGAUGAUGUCACCUCCUACUGGGAAUUGUAGUCCAAAGCUAUGGGUCUGAUUCAUGUAUGUUCUGCAGCAUUAAAUUAAAAUGAAUUCAGACAAGGAUUUUGAGUCUCUACAGAAUUACUUAUCUAGACUGGAGGCCUGGGCAGACAAAUGGAGAAUGAGGUUCAAUAUAGACAAAUGUAAAGUUAUGCACUUUGGGACUAAGAACAAUCAGGCAGCCUAUAAACUAAAUGGGGAAAAUGUAGGCAUAACGGUAGUUGAAAAGGAUUUGGGAGUGUUCAUCGAUAAUAAACUUGGUAGGAGUACGCAAUGUCAAAUGCAGCAGCAAAGGCUAAUAAGGUGUUAUCAUGCAUAAAACGGGUAAUGGAGACAAGGGAUGAGAGUGUAAUCCUGCCUCUGUAUAAAUCAUUGGUGCGGCCACACCUGGAAUAUUGUGUACAGUUUUGGGCACCAUAUUAUAAAAAAGAUAUCUUGGAACUCGAAAGGGUCCAGAGGCGAGCCACUAAACUGGUUAAGGAGUUAGAGGCACUGGACUAUGAGGAAAGACUUAAAAGGCUUGAUAUGUUCACACUGGAAAAGAGGCGACUGAGAGGGGACAUCAUUAAUAUUUCUAAAUACAUUAAGGGAAAAAACAAGUAUCUAUCAAACGAUUUGUUUACCAAAAAAAAAACACUACAUAGGACACGAGGACACCCCCUGAGGUUAGAAGAAAAAAAAUUCCAUACCCAACGGAGAAAAGGAUUCUUCACAGUAAGAGCAGUAAGGAUUUGGAAUUCUCUGCCAGAGAAGGUAGUGAUGGUGGAAUCAAUCAAUAAGUUUAAAAAUGGAUUAGAUAGAUUCCUAGAGGAAAAAAAUAUCCAGGGAU